ACCUCCAAGGCAACAAACAUUUUAUCAGAAACUAGCUUUCGCAAUGAACGUAUUUGGUAUGGGAAAUCGAACUUGGUGGGGUUUCCCUCCUGUGCACAAGAUUUUCGUGUGCAAUGUCUGGUUGAUGAUUGUUGUUAGUCCGAUGUGUUUAAUUUUGCAAUUUGUAUACAUGUAUAUAAAUUUUGAUGAUCUUAAUUUUAGAACUUUGGGAACCAUGUUUUCAAUUAUUCCAGCAACUGCAGUCGUGGUGGCAAAGAUAUUCAUUUGCAUGAUACCAGCUUACCCCCGAAUAAUGAAGGAGCUUAUGGAUAAAAUACACUUAAACAAUUUUAUUGACGACGAAGAUUCUUUCAUAAAGAAGAAAUUAAUUCAAGUCGAACGUCACACCCGUUGGAUCACGUUGUGUCUUGCAACUUUCAUUCUUUUCGACUGGCUUCUAUGGAUUUUCGUUCCUCUCAUGAACAACAUUAAAAACAAACAAGUAAUAGAAAAACGGCUGGUACGGAUGGAAACGUGUUUGUACUUGUGGAUGCCGUUUGACUACGGCUAUGACUACAAUACAUGGGCUAUAACUCACGCAAUGAACGUGUACCUCGUUGGUACUGGUUGCUGUGUCUUUGCUCUUUAUGAUUCCAUUAACUUUAUUUUCAUUUUUCACUUUCUGAGUCAUAUAGACGUACUAAAAUACAAGAUAAAAACAUAUUUUGCUACAAAGCUAGAUGAAUCUACAACUAAAACAAGGAUUGUUGACAUUAUAAAAUAUCAUUCUUUUAUUUUAAGCACUUUCAAAGAUAUGCAGGCUGCGUUUGGAAUGAAUGUAGCUGUAAAUUAUGCUCACAACCUAAUCGUUGACAGUUUACUACUAUACCAAAUUAUGAUUGGGGAUAAAGCAAACAGACUGUCCUAUGUAAUUAUGAUGCAGUUCCACAUGGGAGGCCUGAUAUUAAUGUCGCUCGCUUUAGAACAAAUACGUAUUAAGACGGACGACCUGCCGCUAUUGCUGUACAACGUGCCUUGGGAGAAGAUGUCAGUACGUAAUCAAAAGUUACUACUACCAAUCUUACGCCGAAUGCAGACUCCUUUGGUGUUCAAGGCGUCCGGUGGGCUAAGAGCUGGAGUAAGGCCUUUGGCAUCGAUCCUCAAAUCGACAUUUUCGUACUAUGUUAUGUUGAAAUCUAGUAUAGGGGUCAAACAGAUCACAGUGUUAUGUCUUUCCUGUAGACAUACACAAGAGUUAAGGGCUAUAAAGGAAAGACAUAACACAGUGAUCUGUUUGACCCAUAGAAUAAAAUAUGCCAGCAGAGGCAACUGGAUGAUUUUUAAAGAGCAGGAAAGCAAAUGUAGCGUAGUGUAG